CCGCAGCCUAAAUUAUGUGGGUGUAUUCUCAAACCCGUGCUAACUUACCUCCAUUAGUGACUAUCAUAUAUCUGCCGCAGCAUGCACCUUUUGCACACUACAACCAAAAAACUAGAGGAAUUUGUAAAUCCUCCAGACUAUGCGAUCCUCUCGCAUCGGUGGCGCGAGGAAGAAGUCCUAUUCGCAGAUAUCCAUCAGGAGCAUGCGAAAGGCAUGAAAGGCUAUGCCAAAGUAGAGGGAUGCUGUGAACAGGCGCGGCGUGAUGGGUAUCAGUACGUCUGGAUUGAUACCUGCUGCAUCGACAAAAACAGCAGCGCAGCGCUUGCAGAAGCGAUCAACUCCAUGUUUGCGUGGUAUGAAGAUGCCCAGGUGUGCUACGUCUACCUAGACGAUGUUACCGACAACGGGGACCUGGACACUGAGUCCGCAUUUGCGAAAAGCGAGUGGUUCACCAGGGGAUGGACUUUGCAAGAGCUCAUCGCGCCCACGAGCUUAUUCUUCUUCGACAGCCGGUGGAGGGAGAUUGGGAGUAAGAGCAGCUUAGCUGGGCUUCUCUCGUCCAUCACGAGAGUGCAUGCCAACGUAUUGACUCGCGUAAACGCCGGUUCAGACAAGUUGGUCGCGACUAGAGAAUCCUUCAGCGUCGCAACCAAGAUGUCGUGGGCUGCUGGGAGGAAGACAACUAGACCAGAAGAUAGAGCCUACUCCCUCAUGGGAAUAUUCAAGGUCCACAUGCCUGUCAUCUACGGAGAGGGGGAGAAAAAAGCUUUCUUUAGACUGCAACUGGAGAUCAUUCGUACUUCGCAUGACCAGAGCAUUUUUGCAUGGUGUAGUCCUGGCGUAGGUGGUUACAAAACAGGGACUUGGCCCUUCGCCCCAUACCCUGAUUACUUUGCCAAGUCAGGCAAUAUUGAAGACGUGCCCUCCAACCAAUGGAUACGUUACAGUCUAAAAUUCAUCAGCCUAGAUGCCCCCAGGCUUGACUUUGCCGCCACCAACGACGGCUUGUAUAUAAGCCUUCCCUUACGACCUCUCGUUGAUGAAACGGACGAGUUCAUUGCUCUCCUGAGCUGUCGACGUCGCGUAAAUGACGGAGAGUACCACAACAUCGGCAUUCGAUUACGGCGCUCUGUGGGCAAUGCCGAACGUUACGAAAGGAUAGAUUAUCACACCCUCGAAGACAUCGUCGACACUUGCAAGGAAUUCAAAGUCAAACGAAUACACAUUUCGUUCCCGUUACCAUCGGAUUCAAUUCAUGAUAUAUCAUUCUUUAACACCUCAACGUCGCUCUUCAUUCGACACGUUGGGGUAGAAGAGCACGGUUUCUCCGUGAUCAAUAUGGAGACGGCUCCCUCAUGUAACCUCCAGAUGCAAGAUAGUAGUUUUGUCCUGCUGACGAGAAGACCGACACCAUCACCACAACCCCCAAAAGAAGAUCUCAAAUGUCCACAUCAUCUACCCUGGACUGCGGAUUCUUCAUGGUUAGCGUCGUUCACCUACCACAACUCAACGACGAAAGAACAGUUCGUCGUUACUAUGGGGGUAUGUUGGGUACGAGAUGGGGGCCCGUGGCUCCGAAUCACCUCAGAGAAGCCUCCUGCUAACCAACUCAGUCGGCUCAAGAUCGACUGGACUUCUUACCUGCUCAAAGCAGGCAAGAAAGUGACAGCGUCCGUGAAGAACGGUGGCCAUGCUUCUGCCGGAAAGAAGCGCUCGAUAAUGUUUGACCGGUAUUCAGUCAACAUCACAGUCUAUGGUGAUCUAUGACUCGAAACCGGGGGGAGGUUUGGAAUGGUCGGUAAGAUACAGUCACUCGUGCGAAUCUCAGCACUGGUAACGAACGGGUGAUGGGUUGUGAAGCGGUGCAUCUAAGAUCACCCUUGAGGGUGGUUUUUAGUAUGCGGGUCCUUAGACCUCAUGUGCUCGCGUAGAAGAUUCUUAUGGAUUGCUACGUACUUAUAGUUAGGAGGCUAGUAGUUGUAUGUGAUCCGAUUAGC